UGAUCCCAAAGUUGCAGAAUUCCAAAUGGACGACGUUGCGGCCUUCUUUGCUGGCCUUCGAGCCACGCGUCAUACGCUACAUGCGCAUCCUGAAGCCAGCUUCAAAGAGUUCAAGACGCAGGACUUCCUGGAAGCGUACUUGGUGAACGAAUCCCAUAUCCCCUUGGAGAACAUCAAGCGCGUCGCCACCACAGGGUUGGUGGUGGACAUCCAUGGACCCACCGAGGGAGCGAAGUCGACGACUGCGUUGACGUGCAUCGCGUUCAGAGCCGACAUGGAUGGGUUGCCGAUGACCGAGCACAAUCCCCACUUGUCGUACCAGUCCACCGCUGACCAGUGCGCGCACAUGUGCGGCCACGACGGCCACAUGACAACGCUCCUGGGGUUUGCGACGCUGGUUCAGUCGCAUCGCCACCUCCUGCCGCCCCACACCACCGUCCGCUUGCUGUUCCAACCGGCGGAGGAAGGCCAUUUUGGUGCCGUGGCUAUGAUCAAGGACGGCUGCUUGGACGGAGUCGACGAAAUCUAUGGAUACCACAACAUUCCGCAUGCUGUGGGGCAAAUCCAAGUCAAAGCAGGGCCCAUGAUGUCACAUUCGGCGCGAUUUUCCAUUCAAAUCCGAGGCCCGGGGGGGCAUGGCUCGGCCCCACACCAAACCCAGGACCCGAUUGUUGCGGCGGGGCAUAUCAUUGUGGGGAUGCAGUCGAUUCUAAGUCGGAAUGUCUCUGCCCAUGACAGCGGCGUGCUGUCGAUUACUCAAGUCCACGGCGGGGAAGCCGAUAACGUCAUCCCAUCUCUCGUGACGUUAUCAGGCACAAUGCGCGACUUUUCACCUCAUGUGUCCACCCUCAUGCAAACCCGCAUGACCGAGAUUGUCCAAUAUACUGCCAAAGCAUACGGCGUCGAGGGCAGCAUCUCGUUUACGGAUGGGUAUCCGGUGGUUCUGAAUGCUUUGGCGCAGACGAACGUUGUCACAGAAGUGGCUCAGAAGGUGGUGGGGCCAUCCAAAGUAACUGCCGAGGGCCUUCCAAACUGCGCAUCGGAGGACUUUUCAUACUAUUUGCAGCGAAUUCCCGGCUGUUUUUACUUUGUGGGGACCGUGGACAAGGUAAUAAGUCGACGUUUUAUGCCGUUCUAAAUAAAUAUAUAUAUAUAUAUAUAACCUUUCAAGGACCAAAGCACCAAUGGGGCUAUGACUCAUAAAAGGGGAAUAUCGUUCGAUUGUAGACGCAAACCCAAAAUCGACUCGUGCACAGCGACACGGUAUGCUUUUGUAUUAUUAUUUUCAUGGUUAUAAUUUCACUGUUUUAUGUAUUAACUGUAAAUAUGUGCUAAUUUGGUUAACUAGUAUGACUUUAAUGACGACAUUUUGCCCGUGGCCGUGCGCAUGUUUGUGGAAAUUGUGCACCAACGCCUCAACUGUACGCUGUUCUCGAGCCACGAAUUGCAAACGUGGACUUCAUAACCAGAGCAAAUUGGACAAAAGCGAAGUCGUCCCAAGUUACUGUAGUUAGUACAAGGGAAUGAACGAUACAUAUCUUAACUACCGUAUGUGUCGUUGAUCUGCACGAUGAAAUACAAAACGCGAAUAUCGUUCUAUAAUUCAAUACAAUCUCAAAUCAAUUAUACAA